AUGUCUGUUACUUCUAAUCCCUACGGGCCAAAUCCUUCUGACUUUUUGUCUAACGUAAAUAAAUUCGAAGUUAUCGAAUCAACCCUCCGUGAGGGUGAGCAGUUUGCUAACGCCUUUUUCACUACUGAAAAGAAGAUCGAAAUUGCCAAAGCUCUUGAUGAUUUUGGAGUUGAUUACAUUGAAUUGACUUCUCCAGUUGCCUCCGAACAAUCUAGAAGAGAUUGUGAAGCUAUCUGCAAAUUAGGAUUAAAAGCCAAGAUUUUGACCCAUAUUAGAUGUCACAUGGAUGACGCUAGAGUCGCUGUGGAGACCGGUGUUGAUGGUGUUGAUGUUGUUAUUGGUACCUCUCAAUUCUUGAGACAAUACUCUCACGGUAAGGAUAUGAACUAUAUUGCUCAAACCGCUGUGGAGGUUAUUGAAUUUGUCAAAUCCAAGGGUAUUGAGAUCAGAUUCUCCUCUGAAGAUUCCUUCAGAUCAGACAUUGUUGAUUUAUUGAACAUUUACAGAACUGUCGACAAGAUUGGUGUGAAUAGAGUUGGUAUUGCUGACACCGUUGGAUGCGCUAACCCAAGACAAGUUUACGAAUUGGUCAAGACCUUAAAAUCCGUUGUUUCAUGUGACAUUGAAUGUCAUUUCCACAAUGACACUGGAUGUGCCAUUGCCAACGCCUACACUGCCUUGGAAGCUGGUGCCAAAUUGAUUGACGUUUCAGUCUUAGGUAUUGGUGAAAGAAACGGUAUUACCCCAUUGGGUGCUCUCAUGGCUAGAAUGAUCACUGCCGACAGAGACUAUGUGUUGUCCAAAUAUAAAUUACACAAGUUGAGAGACUUGGAAAACUUGGUUGCUGAUGCCGUACAAGUUAAUGUGCCAUUCAACAACCCAAUCACUGGAUUCUGUGCCUUCACUCACAAGGCUGGUAUCCAUGCCAAGGCCAUUUUAGCCAACCCAUCAACCUACGAAAUUUUAAACCCAUCAGAUUUCGGUUUAACCAGGUAUAUCCAUUUCGCCAACAGGUUGACUGGUUGGAACGCUAUCAAAUCUAGAGUUGAUCAAUUGAACUUGCACUUAAGUGACGAUCAAUGUAAAGAAAUCACUGCCAAGAUUAAGUUAUUGGGUGAUGUUAGACAAUUGAACAUUGAUGACGUCGACUCUAUAAUUAAGGAUUUCCAUGCCGAAAUUACCACUCCAGCUUUAAGGCCAACAGAAGUCAGCGAAGAAGUCCCAGAAGCUAAGAGACAAAAGAAUGAAUGA